GUAUAUUCUUCAUUUAACAUAUCUAUCUGUUUCGCUCAAAUCGCUGAAUGUGUGUGUGUGUGUGUGUGUGUUUGCUGACUGAAAUUACGCUGUGACUUACCCAAGCAAUUGUUGAUGCCCAUCAUUACAGGCGGAGUUGAUAUUGAUACUCGCGCACCGUCGCUCUUCUCUACACAGUUAUUUUUAACAUGUUCAGUGACACUUUGCAGAGAGUGAAUGUGCAUUGAUUUGAUGAUAAUGCAUUAGAGCCGUUAUAGGCAGAAUUGUUGCUUUUUCACCACCGAAUUUCGCGCGGGACCAAUGUUGCACGUAUUUUUCCUAAUGCGCUUUAACCCAAGUGUAGCCUAUGUGUACAGGCAAUGUUCACUCUCAGGCUUCUGAAGAUGCCUCCGCAAUUUUUGCCUCAAUAAACCAAGACAUAUUACCAACAGCCGCGUAGCUCACUCAGUACACAUGUACACGGAAUUAUAAAUUAUAGGGAUAGGCGGUGUGCGCUUAUUCUCAGCAUGUCUAACUUUCGUGGCUCAUCCCUGGCCGUCAUUCGAGUUAAAUGCAAGGGCAGGGAUGACUCCCAAACUGCGACUACCACCUAAAACAUCACGGCCCGCUGAUUUUAUAUUGGAGAACUUUGGACUUUUCAGCUGUGGAUACCAACCAAAAAGCGCUGCACAUUUGCGCGGUGAUUCCAACUUUCUAGAGAGGCCUAAUUAAAUUAACUAGGUUUGUGGAUGCAGGACGGAUGGUUGUUCAAGCUCUCUCAUGCCACCAACAAUUGUGGAAACAGGGCAAGAAUGUGGCAGAAUCACUUUUUUGGAAACGUCCAACAGAGAUUUCGUUGUCGAGUCGACACUGGAUUAAGUUCUUGAAAAUAGACGAGUGUUAUGCGUCUCAUGCUUGUUUCCUUUACACGAGGGCUGUGAGAGCGAAGGAGGAAUGCUUGUCCGAGAGAUAUUGCUGCUCAUUUUAGGUUUUUCGCAUUUUGUUUUUGGUCACUGCUUUCUAACGUCGUUUUUACUUUUUUUCCAGUUCACUCAGGGAGAGCCCCAGAGUUCAUGUGCGCGGAACGUUGCAGAGAGGGCGGGUGAGAGCUGCCAGCUGGCGUGCCAAUGUAGACCCUACCCUCCCCUGCCACCCCCGCCCCCACCUCCUCCACCCCCCAGACUUCUGGUCUUCACUGUGGCUCCCUCCACAGUGCCUCCCAUGAAGCCGUGGUGGAAGGAGAUCGUGGUGUUGGGGACAGUGGGCUGUGCCUCGGUUGCCUUCCUCCUGUUGAUGGUCAUCAUCUGCUAUAAGGCCAUAAAGAGGAAACCCCUACGGAAGGAGGAGAAUGGAACAAGCCGAGGGGAGUACGCCAUGAGCUCGCGCAGCAAGAAGACGGUGGACACCAACAACACAGGGGUGUAGGAAGUGCCCAGAUAGAAGGAUCACGGCAACCACAACCCCAAACCACUAGAAAUGACAAGAAGCCCUCCUUGACUUUGAGAAGGCAGGGGGGCUGGUAGGAGGGAGAGUAUGAACUUGCAACCCAACAGCAAAUCAUGCUUCAGACCAUUGUGGGACCAUAUGAAAGAGAGCUUGGCCGUAGGUCUGUGAAAGAGAAUAGCAUUGAUAAAUAUAUUAAUCCGGGUUUGGAACUCAGUAGCUGACUCCUUCACACGCAGGGCUUGAGGGCUUAACACUGGAAGCCUUAACGGGAUGGCUCGUCUAGUGUGGACUCGAUGUCUAGCGGGCACUCGAUAACAGCUGCCAGCACAUUGGCCAAAUCUGUAAGUCCAUACAUCACCUUGGAGACCCCUAAGUGGACAGAAGCGACACGAAAUACAGAGGAUAAAAAAUCGCAUGCACUUUCUGUUGAAUGCAAUGAUUUCUGUCUUUCUCUUUCUGCACUUCCCGCAACCCUCCACGUUUCAUUGUCUUGUCCCCCCCCUUCCCCUUCCUCUCCUGCCUCUGAAGGUUCCUUGAUGACGCCUUUUGUUAAUUGACAUUCUACUUGAAACACAAAAUCAUGUUGAUGGACAAGGAUUGCAGUGGUCUGUACACCAAAAUAUGACAAAAGAAGAACUGUCAUCGUGAAGAGUUCAAUGUAUUGCUUUUGGUCUCUGACUAUGCAAUUUGAAAGGAUAUGAGAUAUGUUCCCAAGGGUUGUUUCCUUAUUAUGAAAAUAGGGCAUGAGAGUAUCCAAUGCCGACCAGUUAUGAAUCCUGUUUAGUGCUUUCCGACGCAGAUCUGCAUUUGAAUUUCUGUAGUAUGUGUACUACAAUGUGUAUUAAUCAAUGAGAGAACUCAGCCCAUAGAAAUACACAUAUGUGACUCAAAGAGUUUUUACAGGGGCUAUAUUCAGUGUGGAUUUAGCAAAAUUACAUCAUGAUGCACAGCGGAGCAACUUCCUGCUUACAGAAAUGUGGGCAUGCCUCAAGAGGGGGCUCAAAUUGGGAAGAGCCAAUAGCGGCAGUCUUUCAAGUUUGUUCAUUUGUUAUUGCCCCGCUGUGUAUGAUGAUACAAUAUUGCUGAGUCUACCUUUAAGAAAGGUAUAAUUAACCUUUUUAUUUUUAUUUGUAAGUAUAUGUUUCCCCAAAAAAUGCAUUCCAAAAUUGCAUUCUGUACUCUUUUGUCAAAGUCUCUAUUGUAAAGUUUGGCUCCAGGAUUCAGUCUUCUGGAUUUGGGUUAAUGACCUACACCUUAAAUGCACUGAAAACUUUGGAUGUUAGCAUUGCCUAUGGGCUUUCCACCCUUAACAAAGCCAGGGUUCAGCAUUUCAUUAAUGGCUAACCUGCAGUUUCUACCCUAAUAGUCUACUGGAUACAUAUCUAAAAGACAGUUGUAAAAUUACUGCGCAGGAGGGGCGCUCCAAAAUAAGGGAGGGGUGUGCUUUGGGGAGGAUUGUGUCGAUUUUUAUUGGGCAAAGGGGAGGGUAUUGCAUUUUCCCCCUGGUUUAUAUUUGCUGUUUUGCAGGUUUUCCUAUAUAAUUUAUUCCAUCCUAGCCAACUUUACCCAUCUGCUUGCAUGGGCCUACCUUAUACACUAGCCUAUGCCACAGUACCCACAUUGGUUGCCGCCGACGGCUCUGGGCUCAUAUUUGUCACACUCGUACCUUUGAUAUUUGCCACUCCAAAGGCCACAAAACAACAUGUUUUUCAGAAUAAGCCAGAUUUCGAGUGCUUCCAUGAAAGCUUUGUGGUGCAGAAACGUGAAGCGAAAGCCACGGUGUAAUCAAUCAGGAGGUGGACAGCACAUGAGGAUGAAAUUAUGCUAAUUGACUAACAACAACAGAUCUAUGUGUUGAAGCCGAUUUCUUCCUAUUUAAGAAAUGAAAGGCUAUCCAUAGAUUUGUUGGCCAAUUCGUCCAAUAGUGUCACCACUCCUUAAAUACCUCUGUGUCCGUGAAUGGCUUGGUCUGUUAAGUUAAAACCAGUGCUCGAAUUGAAGGAGUAGGCCUAUGUGAGGAUAUGCCAUAGCCUACUUUCUUGUUAAAGAAACUGGCAAAAUCAUACCCCUUGUUAGGUUAAGAUUUUGAAGAAAUUAAAACGGAUUCUGCAUAUAUAAAGUGACUUUAUAACAAUGUUUUUCUCCCCGAUGCUUUAUGCUAGAAACAAGCUGCAAAAUGCCCAGAGACGCAACUCAGAUGCAUAUGGGGAAUAUCUUUGGUUUGUCUCUGUCAUUCAGAGGUUAAGCUAUGAAGUUUUAUAGCCGAGAAUAUAAAAAAAAACAUUGCUUGGGAAGUAAUCUAAUAGGCCUACAAUGUGUAACUCUGUCGCUACCAAUUGAGCUAUUCACUUUCUCUAAAAGGGAAGAUUUUUAAACCCAGGCAGUUUUUAGGAAUGCGCUUGUGACCGUCUCUUGUUGGGUUAAGCCAUGGAAGAGCAGCCAGCAGUUAAAGCUUACAUUUUUCUGCGUCGGGCUUCUGUCUGGGGUGGCAAGUAGGCUACAAUGCUUAGAAUCAUAUAACAUCUUAGAUUUAAUUAUUUGCAAACAGCGACAGUUUGGUUGCAAACAAGACACACUGGUUUAGCAUCGGAGAAAUGUGGUAAAAUUAAUACAUAUCUCUCUGUUCAUUCUUCGCUGAAACUUCUAUUUUCUAAAUCGGCCUUUCUUUUGGGACAUUUUGGGAGCGACAGUUUCUCUUGCAACCAAGCGGAUUGUUUUGAGGUAAUAAAAAGUAGGGUAGGCUGCCUGUUUUUCCCCAAUCAGCGCACAGAUAAAUAGACAUAAGCUACAAAACGAAUUCACCUAGAGACAUUUUGGUCUCUAUUCCAUCUGUAACGCUGAAGCGUGACAGAUCCUGAGACAGAUCCUGAGAUAGAUCCUGAGACAGAUCCUGAGACAGAUCCUGAGAUAGAUCCUGAGACAGAUCCUGAGAUAGAUCCUGAGACAGAUCCUGAGAUAGAAAUGUCAAGGUAUUUUCCGAUUGAGCUGACGAAUGCAGAGUUUACCGUGAACAUUGCCUUUACAUUUCAAUCACGAUGUAAAGCUCAACUUCCACGUUGUAGAUUGAGUAGAGCCGUUUAUCUACAACAAGUAUGUUAUUGUCAUUGAAUUAGUGAUGUACUAAACAUUUUGUGUUCAAAAUGGUGUUCAAAAUAGUGUAGGCCUAUGAAUCGGGCUGCUAUUAUAUUAUGUUCUGGCCCGACGACUAUUAGCUCAGAAAAAACGAUAUAAUUUUUAUUUUUUUUAGCUAAUAUCUUCAGUCAUGUACAUUGACUAGAAUUGCAUGGUAUGUGUUUAUAAAAGGUACUUUUUUUAUCUGACCUGCAAAUAUGCACCCCCUGAUGGUAUUUAGGAGGUAGGCCUACUUUAUCACUAUUACUGUGGUUGUAAUCAUUAUUUUGAGUUAAGUCAAUGAAGGGGGAGGGUAUUUAAUUAUUUUCAAUUACAAGGGGAGGGUCAUGUGAAAAUAUGUUUUACGUUGGGGAGGGGGGUGCAUUUUAAACGUUUUUUUAAUGACGUCUCGAGUUGGAACCCCCCCUCCCAUGCAGUAAUUUUCGAACAGUCCCUAAUAGCUACCGCAGUAAAUUACUCCACCUACAAUAUGUCUGGUACUGCAUUGUUUUCAAGGUGUGUUUCCUAAAAGCAUUGUAGCUAACAUGGUUGAUUCUCCAAGUCAAUGUACCCGAUAUCAUCAUGAAUUAAAUGUCAUGCUCAAAUCAUCCCAAAGUCUCCAAAAGGGAUUGUGUAGAAAUGUGACUUGGUGAGAAGUCAUUGACCUGGUUAGAAGCCAUUGCUAAUAUUGCAUUUGAUUGGAAAAUGCUGUAAGCCGAUAGUGGUCAGUAGAUGCAUAAGCAAACUGAUUACGGUUAGGAAGGUUAGGAAACAAACAUGUCAUUUUGUAAUUUGGUUGUACUAUCCCUUUAAUCUACGUAAACAUUGGGAACAUUUUGACGUGUAUCCUUUUUUUUUUUUUUUGCCGAAUGAUCUGCCUGUGGUUAGAUCAAAAAGUGAUAUUUCUUCUGAAGAGUGAUUCUUCCAAUCCCCCUCUCUCUAAGGAUACACAGCUUUAGUGGGCUGUAGGGAAGUGGGUCAUAAUGGGUUAACAUGCUGAAAUUCAACAUACAUUAAAAUCAAACAUUUAUUCACAUCAGAAGAAGAGUAAAAUACAAUGAUAACAGAGCUCAUAGAUCAUCAUCUUGCACACAAAGGUAACUGUCUGUAUGUCCAAGCUGUCCGUCCUUCUUCAUUUCAUGCUACAAAAGAAAUCAUACUGGACACAAUCUUUGCAUAGUCUAUACCUACAGCCCAUACAGUCUAUACCUACAGUUAACUCCACUACAUGAACAUAGUGGUGUAUUAUAAUGUACAAAAUAAGUAUAACAAAAAUAGCAUGAAUGUAAAUAUCAGUAUUUAAGACUUGUCUUCUUGACUGUUUCUCGUGUGUACAGAGUAAAUAACAUACUGUACGUUUAUAGGAUAAAAUAUUAAGAAACAAGAUGUUGAAAUGCUACCAGUCUGAGUUGAGUCAAUGUUGUUGUGUGUCUGGAACAAGCCAUUCAUGUAUAUUUGAGUAAUUAAAGGUUGUUGCACAAUGUAUGCAUCACAUACCAAAACAAUAAAUAUAUACAUAUAUAUAUUGUGCAUUGAACUAAUUUAAAUUGCAACCUGCUGACUUUUUUUUAGUUUUCAAUAAAAUUGUACUAUUGAAUAU